GAAGCAUCAGCAUGCGAUUCCCCACACCGUCGUCGAACAGACGAUGAACCUGCAGCUAGCUGCUCUCCCAGCAACACCCUGAUCACCAGAUGGGCCUAUGAGAGAGCUAAACUGCAGCAGCAGCAGCUGUUGCUCUACCAGAGCAGUCUACAGCCGCCACCACCACCACUGCUGAGCUUUUUUUUCUCGUCUUCAAGUAGCCAACUAAUUUGUGAUUUCACAUAGCUUUCUCAGUUCUGCAACCACCGAACAAAGAUCAGGCGCCGCCAAAGGCCGGAACGAGCUCAUCAUCCAUGGACCUGUCGCCGAACCCCGACAGCCCUCCGUCGGGAGGAGGCAACGGUGGCGGUGGGUCGAGCAGCAGCAGCUCGUCGCCGUCCAUGGGCGCGGGGACGCCGCAGUCGCCGAGCAGGUACGAGGCGCAGAAGCGGCGCGACUGGAACACGUUCGGGCAGUACCUGCGGAACCACCGGCCGCCGCUGAGCCUUGCGCAGUGCAGCGGCGCGCACGUCCUCGAGUUCCUGCGCUACCUGGACCAGUUCGGCAAGACCAAGGUUCACACCGCAGCUUGCCCCUUCUUCGGCCACCCCAACCCGCCGGCGCCCUGCCCCUGUCCUCUCCGCCAAGCCUGGGGCAGUCUUGACGCCCUCGUCGGCCGCCUCCGCGCCGCCUUCGAGGAGAACGGCGGCCGCCCGGAGUCUAAUCCGUUCGCCGCACGCGCCGUCCGCCUGUACCUCCGCGAGGUCCGCGAGCACCAGGCGCGCGCCCGCGGCGUCAGCUAUGAGAAGAAGAAGCGCAAGAAGCCGCAGCAGCAGCUGCAGGGCGACAGCAGCGGCCUGCACGGCCACCAGCAUCACCCACCGCCUCCACCGCCUGCCGGCGCGGCCUGCUGAGAGUGGCCGACAGGCCGGCCGAUCCGCCGAUCUACCUACGCUGCGCCGGCCUCCUAUUUGGUCGGUAACUCGGUAUGCCAGAUCAAGCACAUAUAUUUUAUGUGCACUAAGUUCUCGUAUGCAUGCAUGUGCAUGUUUAUGGGUUUAAUUUGUGCUGCUAAUUGUUCGCAAACUCUGUUCGUCACAAGUGCCAACAGUAGUAGGUGCUUCGUUCGUACUGCAUUAUCGCCUGUGUUUCUAUUAGCUUUCUAGCUUCGGCUGUUGAUUGUUCAUCAUUUGCUUGUGGGAGUUGUAGUAGUGAGUAAAUGAUUGCUGUACUUUGAACUGAGGAGUGUGUCCUUUGAGGUCUAGCUAGAUCUAGAGGGACAGAGAGAUUCACAUAUGCAGAGAUCUCUCUUGCCUGUCCAUCCAAUCCGCCCGGCAUCUCACAUCUGCACAUCAUGCAUGUGCCAAUUCUAGCAUCUUCUUGUUUCUUGUUUUGCUUCCUGUUUCGUUUCCUUUUUAUCGUACCGAAUGCAGGGCUAGCUUGGGUGAGCAAGAAUAGUAGUAAUAAGAUCGAUGUGAAUGGUGCAUGACCAGUUCCAUCCAAAC